AUUCGUCUUCUACACUGCAUCAUUCAACCCUCUAAUUCGACCCUGCAUUUCAUCCAGUACACUUCGAUUUUUCAUUUUUUUUUUUUUUUGCCCUUUGUCCAUAUAGAAUAAGAGAUAAAAUGCAAGAAAUAAUAGCGUGCAAUCCUACGAUUCCGCUUCAAUCCCACCACCGUCGUCCAAAUCGAAAUGCAGCCGCUACAUUUUUCACAAGUAGACACCUCCAUUUGCUGGGCCGCCGCAAACUCUGCUUCGACGUUGUUUCUCUUCUUGACACUCUCUCUCCUAUUCCAAGGGCCGAUGAUAAAGAUUCUAUUACCAGCUUUUGUACAGAAGAUUUCGGGCUUCUACGAGAAAACUUUCUUAUGACAACGCGUCGUAUGUUUUUCACCAGUUUGUUAAUGUGCUCGUGUUGUUAUCUUCUUCCUUCAAGGUGCAUUCCAGCAUAUGCUUUGGGGGAUCCAUCCGUGACAGUUGAACAAGUUACUCCUCCAGUUUUUCCUUCCGGGCCACUUUUCCCUAUCGAGGAAAGAAUUGUCCAACUUUUUGAGAAGAAUACUUAUUCCGUUGUCAACAUAUUUGAUGUAACUUUGAGACCUCAACUUAACAUCACUGGUGCGGUUGAGGUUCCUGAAGGAAAUGGUUCGGGGGUUGUCUGGGAUGAUCAAGGUCAUAUUGUGACAAACUAUCAUGUGAUCGGUAAUUCUCUUUCAAGAAAUCCAAGCCGUGGGCAAGUUGUUGCUCGAGUUAAUAUUGUUGCUUCAGAAGGAGUGCAAAAGAACUUUGAGGGUAAGUUGAUCGGUGCAGAUCGUACCAAGGAUCUUGCUGUCUUGAAGGUUAUUUUAUUUCUCGAACAUGUCGAAGCCCCUGAAGAACUAUUGAGGCCAAUUAAGGUGGGUUUGUCAUCUUUUCUGAAAGUGGGACAGCAGUGCUUAGCGAUUGGAAAUCCGUUUGGUUUUGAUCACACGCUCACUGUUGGGGUCAUUAGCGGAUUGAAUCGAGACAUUAAUAGUCAAACUGGAGUCACAGUAGGUGGAGGAAUUCAAACUGAUGCUGCCAUCAAUCCUGGAAACAGUGGAGGUCCAUUAUUGGAUUCCAAGGGAAAUUUGAUUGGAAUAAACACUGCAAUAUUUACUCAGACGGGAACAUCAGCAGGAGUCGGGUUUGCAAUCCCUUCAUCAACCGUGGUAAAGAUAGUGCCCCAGCUGAUCCAGUUUGGAAAAGCUGUUCGAGCUGCUUUAAAUGUUGAAUUUGCUCUGGACCCCAUUGCAAAUCAACUCAAUGUUCGAAAUGGAGCGCUCAUUUUGCAGGUCCCUAGGAAUAGUCUAGCUGCCAAGGCCGGGCUACUUCCAACUACAAGGGGCUUUGCUGGUAACAUUGUACUCGGUGAUGUUAUUGUGGCAGUGGAUGGCAAACCUGUAAGGAGUAGAUCAGAACUUAGUAAAAUACUGGAUGAGUACAAUAUUGGGGAAAAAGUGAUACUAAAAAUCCAGAGGGGCGUUGAAAACUUGGAGGUCCCCAUAGUUUUAGAGGAAAGAGAGUAGAGUAAACUUUUCUUCAAGAUGCCAGCUAGCCAUUGAGGUCUACCUCAAAGAAUUUCUUGUAUAAAAAGGUACUAGCAUGCUUUACGCGUUUCUCAAGAAACAAUUCGAUUCUGUAUAAACAUGCGCCCAGGCGGGCCCCCUAGUUUGUAAGUUCUUCUGGUAUGCUCUGUGCAUACGCAGUACAUUAUACGUUAGUUUUAGUAAAUGAGACGACAAAUUUUGUGAAACCAACUCAUUUCCCCCAAUUUAAGGUUACUAUGGUCCAAAGUUCAUCAA